AUGUUUUCUCGUCGUAACUUACGUCGUAAUCUUGUGAUCAUUUUUUCCUUACCUAUUAUUUUAUUAACUUUAUUUAUUAUACAUAAAAGUCGUAAUAUUAUAUUUCUUGAACAUUCAUCACAUCAAUAUCAUGAACAUACAUCUCAUUUUUCACGUGAUACAAAUCAAAUAGAGCAUGUUCGAGCAAAACGUUCGACAAGACAAAGUAGAUCAUCGACUAUUUCUAUUAAUAAACAAUUACAAAAUCAAAGUUCGAUGAUUGUUAAUCCUUAUACAGUAUCACUUGUAAAUGUUUUAAAUAAUCAUAAACAAUUACAAGAUUUAAAACCUAUUCAACAAAUUCUUCCAUAUCCUGUAAUUAAUACACAAAAUCUUGAACGUUUUGUUCAUCUUGAUUUAAAAGGUGCUGCACCAAAAAUUGAUUAUUAUGAAAAAUUAUUUCCAUUUUUAAAACAACUUGGUGCUACUGGUUUACUUAUUGAAUAUGAAGAUAUGUUUCCAUUUACGGAUUAUUUAUCUAUAAUAAAACAUGGUCUUGCUUAUUCAAAUAAUGAUAUUAAAAAAAUCUUACAAUUAGCAGAAAUUAACAGUUUAAAAGUUAUGCCAUUACUUCAAGUUUAUGGUCAUCUUGAAUAUGUACUUAAGUUAAAAGAAUUUAUGCAUCUACGUGAAGAUAUACGAUAUCCACAAGUUAUUACACCAUGUCUUGAAGAAAGUUAUAGAUUAAUAUUUGAAAUGAUCGAUCAAAUAUUAUCUGUUCAUCCAUCUAUUCCAUAUUUUCAUAUGGGUUGUGAUGAAGUUUAUUAUCGUCUUGUUCAUCCUCAAUGUGCUAGUUUAAAUUUUCGUGACGAUGCUGAUCUAUUUAUCAGACAUGUUACUCGUGUUGCUAAAUAUAUUAAAUCAAAACGUCCGAAUAUAAAACUAUUUAUAUGGCAUGAUAUGCUAUCACAAUUGGUUAGUUCAGGUUAUAAUAACAUAACAGAAUUAAUUGAACUUAUUGUACCUAUGAUAUGGACUUAUGUUGAUGAUGUUAAACUUUGGUUUGAUGAUGGAUUUUGGAUGAGAUUUUCAAUGUUUCGUGAAGUAUGGGUGGCUAGUUCAUUUAAAGGUUCAUCUGGUGAAACAACAACAAUGAGUUAUAUUGCUCAUCAUCAACGUAAUCAACAAACAUGGCUUGAAACAAUGUAUAUUGCAUCAAAUCGACAUAAAGUUAAUUUUAUUGGUAUUGCUGUUACUGGUUGGUCUCGAUAUGAUCAUAUGCUUUCAUUAUGUGAACUUCUACCAUCAUCAAUACCAUCACUUGCAUAUGCAUUACAAACAAUUGUUUAUGGUUAUAUAGAUUAUGAAAAAAAUGUAACUAUUACAAGAUCAUUAUUAGGAUGUGAUCAAAUACCAUUAUGGGAAAAAUCAAACCGUAUGACUUUUAUAUCAUGUUCAUUUCCAGGCCAUGAAAUGUAUGAAAUAAUGUAUCACUAUGAUACAAUCCUUCGUCAAUAUGAAGAUGCAAUGUCAUUUGUACGUUUAUUUAUAACAGAUAUUCAUCUUCGUCAAAAUUAUAUUCAUUAUAAACGUAGUCAAGAAUGUUUACAACGAUUAAUUUAUUUAGAAGAUCAAAUGAUUUAUUUCAUAGAUGUAUUUCAACGUGUUUGUUUAAAUUUUUUUACACCUGAUAUUGGUUCAGAAUGGUUACAAACAUAUUUUAUGAGAAAAUUUCGAGAAGUUCAAUAUCGUAUAAAUUUUAUUGAACGUAGAUUAAAAGUACAAAAAUCAUGGCCACAACGUCCAUUACCUAAUAAUACUGCAUUCAUUGUUGUUAGACGACGAAAUUUCACAGCUAUUAAUUUAUCAUGA